AUGAAGACCACCAAAGGAGGGAAGGUGAUGAACCCCACCGACGCCUACCGGAAGGAGCUCCGCAAGAAGGAGCUCAAGAGGGUACGCUCCUCUUGCUCGCUUACUCUUUUAUUUGUGCGUAUAUUUGUUUUACUUUGGACGCUGGGACGAUCCCGGGCAUGUGGCUCUUUGAUUUUGCGUUACCGCGUGGUAUUUGGGCCGACAGUAUUCAUAUUUUAGUUUUAUUUUUUCUAAAAGAUACUUGGAUAGUUCUGGUGUUUCAGUCGACCAGAGAUAUCACCUCAGCUAAUUUGGGAAUCGAGAUUUUAGUUCAAUGCGGCGAGUCUGAGAGCCAUACAUGGAUUAUUUCCUUUUAUUGGGUCGAAUUUGAAGCAAUGCAUGCAUGACAAGAUAUAUACCAUCGAGGAUUCUGACACCGAUAAAGGAUUAGGUCAUAGAUCAAUACAAAAAGAGUUUACUGCUCAAGAUUAAAAUGCAUUGAACCUAGGAGGUGGUAGGUCAGUGGUCAUACUAUCAAUCUAUCAUUGACGCGCAUGCUUGCACUGUCUUAUUGUGCCAUACAAUUAAUAUGUUUUCCGUCACGCCUCCUGUCACCACGAUUGAUGAGUAAUCAUCAAAGGCGUUUGGGUUUUUAUUGGCCAAAAGAUGCAUAGCUUUAUCAAAACUGAAACCUAGACCUAUCGUGUAGUAUAAUCCUAGUUUUAGUCCCGAUUGGCUAUGUUGGACCCUUCUUUAGGUCGGUGUUUUGUUUGGCCUUUUAACAUUUUUAUUUGAUCCAUUGGAUAACAGAACAUUCGUUCAGGUCCAAAUUAGACCGUCGUUCAUUUCAUCUGGUAUCAAGUCAAUUCGAGUUUUCAUGAUGUUGAAUGAUUUUAACAAGCUUCAAACUAGGACAAUGUAUUGAGUCCUGGAUUUUCCCCGCUUCGAAUUGUUUUGAGUUGCACGGUUAUUGCUAAACUUGGUGUUGGGUGGAGAUCUUAUUGAACCUUUGGUUCGUAUUUAUGAAAAGAAUAUUUUAAAGUAUUAUCCGAUUAAUGGAGCCCAAAUGUCAGUCAUGCAAGACAGGACUCCCCCACUACCCCCCUCCCCAAAAAAAAACAGAAUCACAUGCUUUCUUGCAUUGCUAUUAGACAUCUUUUUGCUGGAUAUAUUUUAAAUAUGCAGUUAUCCCUUUCUUGAUUUUGUGGGCACCAUUCAUUCUAUGAAAACUAUAAAAGUAGAAUGUUUGCCAACAUAUUGAUGACGACAGUAGGUGAUUACAAAUGCCUUUAUUUUGAAGAUUAAAAGAACCAUAGAAGCUGUAUAAAUUUUCUUAUUCAAUAUGCACGCGUGGUGACACUUUCACUUACUUAUUUAUUCAGUCUCUUCAUAUCUCACUUUAUCAUAUUUGCAUUGUCCAACAUGUGCCCAUGUCGAUUCAAUGUUUGCACUUCUUCUAAUGAUCUAAGAAGUUUUUUAUCAAGAAUUUUUAUACCGGUCAUUUUUAAGAUUCUAUUUGCGAGUAUCAGACCUGAUUUGCAUGUCAUUCGUAGAUACUUACUGGUAUCGUACUGAAAUAUUUCUUUUCAUCUUUCCUCUGUGUUGUUGACAGAACAAAAAAGAAAGGAAGAAGGUCCGGGAGGUUGGCAUUCUAAAGAAGGAUCCUGAGGCCAUCAAGGACCAGAUUCAAAAAUUGGAAAUGAUGAGUAAGUGAGAUGUGAGAAAUGUGAGAAAAUUGGAAAAUUGAUCCCCUUAGCUCAUGCUAUAUAGUCCCUUCCCUAUGAAACCUGAGAAAUCAUAUGUUGUAUUAUUAGGUCUUCUUUGAAAUACCAUUAGCUUGGAAUCCUUGCUAACUAAGAGGCAAGCAUCCCCUUAACCCAUGCUCUGGAGUCCCCUCCGUAUAAUAAUCAUUUUAUGACCAAAGACUGAUAGCGAUACAUACAUUUUAUCAUGAAAAUCAUCAUUCCUGUAUCUGCAUUAAUAUAUUUAUGAUUUCUUUAGUGGUUUGAUAGUAUAGUAGAGGUCAUUUAUAUAAUAUCUCAAUUUGAUAUGUCGUUCAAGCCACCUUUUGAGAAAUGCUUAUAGCUUUUAACGCAUACUAUCCUGUGAGCUCUGUAAGCUGUUCAAACUCUGAAACCGUUGAGUAUCCUACACCAAGGUGGUGUAGGGCACACAAGAAACUCAAGCACCCGAAGACAGUAGAAUCAGCUCCUUCCUCAUUCCUAGUGAAUCUACGUUUCUUCAUGUCCAAAUAUCCCAGAGUAUUGCACGAGAAGGAUAAGCUACCUCAUCCUAACGCUAUGAUCCCCAUUCUGUCAUAUAUCCCAGUUCAGUUUGUUAUCUUAAAAUGGGUGUGUUGUAACAGAAGUCAGGGGAGAACGGAAAACACUUUGAAUCCACGAGGGAGACUGGGACAAAUAUAGUGGCGAAAUUUUCUAUCUGCUACACAGCAUAUCUCUUUGAACCGGCAGACGGGUUGAUUUAGUUCCUAAUAGGUAGGAUCUGAUCAGGAAUCUACCAGAAGAUGUCAGUUCUGAAAAAAAGAAAGAAACAGUUACUAGACCUAACAAAUGGCAAUGCGUUUUGGACCUAGAUAAAGAGUAUUUGGGUAUUCCAUGCUUUACCCUUUUAGGCCUUCAUUACUUCUUGUAACUUUGUUCUGCAUCGAGGUGAGAAUGGAUGUCAUCAGAGGAUCAUUGUUAAUGCCGCUGUCUGGACAAUUACACUAUUUGGAUAAGUAUACACAAACGAGAAUUUUUUGGUGAUAAUCUCUUUUUCUCACGUUUUGUUUUUUUUUUUAUGUGGCUCCUUUGUUGUGCAUUUGUGAAGCAGGCCUCUGGCAUCUGAAAUGGCCUUUAACUAUUAUAUGUACCUAUUGGUUUUUCUUAUAUGAGAAUUUCGUCAAGCAAUCUUGGUAGUCAUGAGAUAGCUAACAUGGCAUUUACUGCUGCAGAGGCAGAUGGUGCUCUGGAUAAAGCAAGAAAACAUAAGAAAAGACAGCUUGAGGACACUUUAAAUUUAGUUAUGAAGAAGAGGAAGGUACUUGUAUUUUCCAAACAUAUGACUCAUGAUAUUAGCUAUUGGUGACCCAGCGAUCCAUUUUUCAAAAGAGCCUCCGUGUUUCUUCUCUGAUGGUUUGUGAUAACCUUAUUAAGUGAUUACCUAUUUAUUUAUGUAUUGGAUAUUUCUGAUGUGCUUUCUUUAAUGUUGAAAGAUAUUGUACUUUGAUUGUGUAAAUCAAGACUGGAUUGGAUUACGUAUCAUCAUGUAUAAAAUUUGGCUACUGUGAUCUUGACGUGAUUGUAAAAUAAAUGGAGAGAAUUAACUAUGUUUCUGACGUGCCCCCUUGGGUUGUCAUGUGAUAGAGAGAUGCCUGACAAAAGGUUUGGGUAGGAAUUCUGCCCUAAUUCCUUUUGUUCUAUUAUAUAUAAAUAUAACACUUGUUUACAUAAGUCAACUUACGAGACAGGGUUUCUUUUAGAUUAUGCACAUGUUAUUAUCCUAAGUGAGUAAUGGAGCUUCUGUUUUAAGACUCACAUGAAUAAAUGAUUUCAGACUCUACUAUGUACUUUAGUAUGUGUAACUUGUAAUAUGUCUGGUUCUGACGAACAAUGCCAGUGGUAUUAAACAUGAUACCUGUAGCUUUGGUUUUUUUAAACGUGAAUAGAACCACAUAAUCAUUAAAUAACACCAAGAAACAGCGGAUGCGACUCACUGUUUUAUGAGCCCUCAAAAAUUUGGUAGAUGAGCUGUGUACGGCAUUGAGAUGGUGGGCACUUGCGUGCAACCUCAAAUACCUAAAAUAACAUAUUCAUAUCAUGCUCUCUCAUCAUAUAGAGUCUUGCCUACACUUCUAAAUUUGCUGUUGGACAGGAAUAUGAAGAGAAGGCACGGGAGAAGGGCGAAACAUCUGUGAUGUUCAGGUAAUGUUGCUCGAUGAGCCGCAUGUUACUUUCAUAUCAUGGGAAAUGGAUUUUAUUCUUCUCUCAUUGGGCCACGUCAUGCUCACUUUCCAGCCACCUGGGUCCCCCACGUAGACUAACAACAGCAGAAGAGGAGGAGAAGGUCAAACAUCCCCAGCCAGAGGUACUUUGAAUAUGAAGCCAUGAGAGAAAUCCCAGAGAUGGGACUUGUCCUGGACACCUGGUGACACAUAGCUUUGAAUGUUUUAUUGAAUUCAGGACUCUGUUUACUACCAUCCCACGCUAAACCCCACGGGAGCCCCACCUCCUGGAAAACCACCAAUGUACAAAUCUUCAUUAGGUAGGAACAUGAAUUCUUUCAUCCAACUUUGUUGAUAUUUCUACUUCUGUAAUUUAUUCAUAGUAUUUGUAUGUUCGGUGUGGAUUCUGCCCAUCAGGACCUGAGAUUCCCUCGUCUUCAAGUGCUGCGGCGUCAACUUCAAAUCCAGAAUCAGAAGAAAUGCCUCUAGCUGCUCCUCCUCCGCCUCCACCACCACCACCACUGCCGGAUUCUGGCCUUACAUCUGCUGAUGAUUCUGAUUUUCCUCUGUCUAUGCCUCCACCUCCACCUCCACCUCCCCCAACUCAACCAAAACUCUCCCGCGAUUCGAGCUUGUCAUUACCUCCACAUCUGAUACCUCCACCACCUCCGGGCCCGCCACCAAAAGAAAGUCUUGGGAUUCGCCCAAUGAUGCCUCCGCUUCCUCCACCACCUGUUCAACCACCUACACAGUCUGCACAAGAUGAAGAGGAUGAAGAAGACGCUGAAAGUAAAAAUCUAGGAGGAUCUGGUGAGGUAAGUUCCUUUCUAUGGACUUCUCGUCACCUACUGUCUUUGCAUCUUUUCUGAAUAUUUUUGGUAUGCGCAAUUAUUUGCAAUAAUCUGCUCUAAAACCUCAUCUAUAUCUUUGGUAUAUUUCUCAUUAAAUUUAUUAAAACUUGACCCAAAAAAUGAUAUUUCUCAUUAAAUUUCUCAUCUAUAUACUUUAGCUCCUGAGAUUGUCCAAUCAGCGCAGACAUCAUAAAUUUCUCUAUUUAUUUAUUUUUAUUAUUAUUUUGCAGGUUGUAAAGAUACCUCCUCCGCCUCCACCUCCUGGAUUGCCACCUAAGCAGACAAGCCAUCAGUCCAUGACUAUGAACCCUGAAUCCAUUGCCGGAGCCAUUUUGGACACAAACAAUCUCCCCAAGAUGGUUCUGCCACCACCGCCGAGGCAGCCUCCGCCAGGUCCCAUUAGGUUUCCCUUGCAGCCGGAUGUGCUACCACCCGGCGUUUCUCAUAUUCCCUCUGCAGCACCGCUCUUGGAUAUGAGCAGGCCACCUCUGCCACCUCUCCAUGGACACCCGGGUCAACCUUUUCCCCCUGGAAUCAUGACCCCGCUGUUACCAAGGCCACCUUUCCCCGCAGGGCAUGGCCUUCCCCCCAUGUUCAGGCCACCAGUUCCCCCCGGCCAUCCUUUCCCUCAAGAAGAUGAGAUGUUCUUGAAGCCACAGAAGCCCUCUUAUGUCAAGUCAGCCGCCUCAACUGUUGUCAAAAGACCUCUGGCUCAGCACAAUUCAGAGCUCACCUCCAUGGUUAGUGCUGACUAAAUAAAGGACAAUCUGGCUUUGCGCAGGAACCAAAUCCAUGCUUUAUUCUACUGAUCAAUCUGUAACCUUCUUCUCGAUGAAAACAUGAUGGAUCAGGUUCCUGCUUCUGUUCGUGUGAGAAGAGAGACUGCGACGGCGCCGAGGGCAAAGCCGAAGGCGCAACUGCUGGUACCCGGUGCAGGCCCGUCCAGGCAAUCCGCCCCAGCUGCUGCGGUGAAAUCAGAAUCCGCAUCAGCUGCACCUCCCAAGAUGCCGAGCAUGGACGACUCCUACAUGGCCUUCUUGGAGGAUAUGAAGGCGCUCGGCGCACUGGACGGCUAG